AUGACAUUAAUUAUUUUUUUGUCAACAAGUCGCGGACUGGAAGAGGCUCAGGAUAUCUUAGAGUUCAAUCAACAGGUGGACGAGAUCGAAGCCUGGAUCAGGGACAAGGAAAUGAUGGUGCAAGCGCACGAGCUGGGGUGCGACUACGAGCACUGCAGUGCGCUGCUGCGCAAGCUGGACGACUUGGACAGCGACAUGAAGGUGGACGACCGCCGCCUGCGCGCGCUCGACACGCUGGCCGAGCGUCUGCUGCGGCAGGGCCCCACGGCGUCCGCGGGCGGCGGGGCGGGCGGUGGCGCGGGCGGCGUGGCGGCGCGGCGCGAUGCUGUGCUGGCGCGCUGGCGGGCGCUCAGUGGAGCGCUGCACGCCUACCGCGAGCGCCUCGACGCCGCGCUCCUGCUGCACUGCUUCAACAGAUAG